CCGGUGAUAAGUUUACCAGUAUAACCGCUGGUAUUACAUCUCCCAAAAAUUACUGCCCCCAAGCGUCCAGUAGAUGAGCAGCUAAUUCUGAAAAUUAAUGGUCUAACAGACACAGUGAAACAUCAGGGUGCACCGGACUAACAGUUUAUAACAUAUUUAAUUUCUAUUUCAUUUCCCCCGAACGUUCACCGAGACUGUCUGGAAGGGUCUCAGCCCGCCCGGCCGCCGUAGUUUGAGGCUGCUGCGACGAUGGGGAAGUAAACAGUGGCGGUGUGGGGUUUCCUCAGCUGGUUAAGGAUUAUUAUUAUUGUUGGUUUUUCAGUGUUGGGCUGUCGGACAGGGCGCUGAAGAGAUGGAAAUGGUGUGUUUCCGUCUACCUGGGCACGGCGAUGUUGCCCUGAGCAACAUGAACUCUCUACGGGAGCAGCUGCAUUUCUGUGAUAUCACCAUCAUGGCUGGAGGCAGAAGGAUGUUUCGAGGUCAUAAAGUGGUUCUAGCUGCCUGCUCCGCCUAUCUCAGGGACCAGUUUCUACUAAACCCUUCUUCAGAAUUACAGCAGGUGUCAGUGUUGCACAAUUCUACAGUGAUGCGAGAGCUCCUGCAAUCCUGUUACACUGGCAUUCUGCAGUUCAGUGCCAAAGAGAUUGUAAAUUACCUGACAGCAGCCAGCUACCUCCAGAUGGAGCAUGUGGUGGAGAAAUGUAGGGGGGCCCUGAGUCGUUACCUGCAGCCCAAGAACGACAGUCCACUUGGACCUAUGAAAGCAGAGGACUCCCAGUCUAUACCAGUGAUCGUCAGUGGAAGUGCUGCAGCUGCUUCUGAACACUCAUCGUCACUGCAGCCUCACAGCUCAGAGGAGGAUCCUCAGGCUGCUGGUGUAGAAGACCCAAAUGUCCGUCAGGGAGAUGAUGAUUUGUCCAUGCGACAGAUUAGAGCCUCAGAUCCUUCUGGACGCAUUCAAGAGGAGGACAUAAGGAAUGACUUCAGCAUGUUUCAUGUGCACAUCAAGGAUGACCAUCAAGACCUAGAGGACGCUGUUGUCCAUGCACGGGCCAGAGAGGCACUGGAGGCGAUGGUAGUCCAGCAACGUGGAGAGGACCAGAACAGGGAGGAAAGUGGGACCACGGGAAGUAGUCAGAGGCCUCCCGUCCGCUACUGGAGGCGGAGGUACGGGGAGCCGAGGAGAGCCAGGGGACGGGGCUUCAAGCAUAGGAGGCGCUACACUUUUCAUGAGCGAAGGCCUAUGGCUACCUUUCAGCAAGCCUGGCGCUUUCCAACGUCUGAUGAGAUCAUGGGUAGUUUUGGGGCAGAUAUCAGUCCAGAUUAUCUCGCGGCCCACGCUAUCCCAGAUGGUCCACUGGCGUUGGAGUAUCAGCAGGCAGCAGAAGGCCAGGGGACAAUACCAGGCUCCGACUCAGCUCCACCCCACUUUAAUAUGGAUGGCUCUGGCACUGACGAAGAUUUAGGAGUGGUGGCAGUUCCCACAGAUGAAGAAGGAAGGGGAGAUGACUCCGUCGUAGGGUCUACGUCUUGCGUCACAGGAACUGUGGCAUGUGAACACUGUGGCCUAGCUUUCUCUUCAGUGCAGGACCUGGCCGUCCACUCUCGCUCUACACACCUGCUCUAUGUGUGCCCGUGUUGCGGCAAGCACUUCAGCCACUCCAGCAACCUCAGCCGCCACAUGGUGGUCCACCGUACCUCCAAACUCCACACCUGCCCUCUGUGCCACAAGACCUUUACUCAGAAGUCCACACUGUGUGACCACAUGAACAUGCACAGUGGUGAGCGCCCGCACGUUUGCGCCUUCUGCCACGUUUGCUUUGCUCACAAACCUGCCCUGCGGCGCCAUCUGAAGGAGCAGCAUGGCAAGACCACAGCACAAAAUUACAUAGAGAUCCAGAGAGAAAGUGAGGGAGUAGUGGGAGGUGAUGUGUUAGGUGACUAGAACGUAGCCUAAGUUGAGAAAAGCAGAGCCUUAGAGAGGAAAUUAGAUUUAAUAGAGGUGUUAUGUGCCUCUCAGCUUAAGGUUUAAGGGCAGGAUCCUGACACAAAGUGCUGUAUAUCCACUUAAAUCACUUCCCUUAUGCCAGGGCUGCACAAUACGGACAAAGUUCACCAUUUACAGUACAUUUCACACUAAUUAUGUGCUGCAGAAUGCAGUUAUGAUAUACCUUGAAAGUACUACGAACACACUGGGAAAACUGAUCAUAGUUUAAAAAUUGGCAUUGUGAUAUUAAUAUUGAAAGGCUGAUACUGUGAUAAAUAACAUUUUAAUAUAAAAAUAUUGUGCAUCAUACUUUAUGCACCUAUCGUGCACUUGUUUGCCAUUUGGUAUUUCCAACCUGGCAAGGAAAAGGGCAUGCUUACUGUGCCUGUCUAUCAGUGGUAGAUACAUUUGGGAAGUGAUGCAUCACUUGCUAAAUUACAUGUAAAUAACUAGUUGGAAUAACACUGUGUAACUGUAGGCAGAGCUAGACUAACUCAAGACACAAUAAUAGACUUGCAUGUCAGGUCAGGAUCUGCUUAAUUCAUGUAUUAGUGAGACAUGUCCUGAUCCAAAUGCUUAUAGUCCAUACGUACUGUAUACACAUAAGUGAGCACUCACAGAUUUCUGUAAUUUGCAUGGGAAAGGCACUUGGGUGUCAGGAUCUGGCCCUGCAAAUGUAGGUCAAAUCAGUUGUGUUGAUAACUGUGUGGCUGUGCUCACAAAUAUUUUGGAGCAGACUGUCGCAAAUUGUAUCCGUGCCUCAUCACUGAAUAAGUAAAAAAAAAAAACACUAUGUUAACAGAUUUCAUAUGGGACAACAAAGAAAACAAGAACAAAAUCUGUGUCGGUUUAAUUGCAGUGUAUGUGUAUUCCGUAAUUAGCCUCUGUGGCAAGUCAAUAAACUAGCUGAUAACAAGCCAGUAACAUUGUAGUGACGAGUUCAUGUUCUGUGUUUUUGUAUGAUACAAUUAAAACCAGGCAGGUUUCAAGGAUUUCUUGUCCCUUCCCUUUCUGCUAUUAAAACAUUAUCAACAAAUUAUGAUUUUAAACAUAAGUUUGUGAGUAGCUGCAUCCCCAAGUCUAGACUGUGAGCAAGAUGGGCUGCAUGUAUCAGUUGCUAGUUCGUACAAGGUAGAAAAGAAAGGACCCUUUGAAAUGCAGCCUUUUUUUCAGAGUGUAAUUAGCCCUUCAUGACCCUCAGUUAUCUACAAUUCUCUGCACAUGUACUGAUUGGGGAAUAAAACAGCACUAAAAACAAAUGGAUAUAAAUGAUGAACAAGUUAAGAGUGUUAACUAAACCCCUUUAUAAUUAGUAUUAAAACCUCUAUGUAAUUUAGGAGAGUUUCAAUCCAUUCUCAGGGUGUUUUUACACCUGGUCUGAAUGGUUUAACAGUCUCUUUAACUUAGAGCGAUUGAGGAUUAUCAGCCUGUAGCCUGCUGCUAACCCCGGAUAGCACUGCUGAAGCAGCAUUAGCAUUAGCCGCUAACUACACUAAACUGACACAUUUUUACAGAUACUGUCCUCUAUCAUUAGUAUUAUUAUUACUAUUAUUAUUAUGUGUUUGUAUGUAAAAAAUCUUCCUGUAAGAUUUAUAUAGUAAAACUAAAGAGAUGGAAACUAAAACGUACCUUUACUGGAAUCAGAAGUUGGUUUUAAACAGUUUUAUGUAGAAACGUUUUUUUACAGCAUAUAUAGUGCUGCUAGGCCCAUCUGGAUUGAACUUGAACAUCAUAGGAAGAGAGGACUGUAAUGUGCCCUCAUGUGGUGACAAAGUGUAAGCGCUGAAUGGUGUGUGGUCUUUUUUCAAUGUUAGGAUGAGCCACUUACUUUAAUGAGUUAAUAACAGCAAAUAUACACAACCCAAGAGUCUUGUUUUCUAGGACUGUCUGGUAAAUUUCUGUAGCUGUGAGUACACCUAUUAUUGUUUAUAUAGAUGGUGAAGUGCUUUCUCAGUGUUAAAAUCACUUUUCUCCAAUCUCUCUAGGCCAAUUAAAAGAAGUGGUGUACAGUUUGCAUUCCUCAACCUUUUCAAAUGACAUUCUCCCAGCUACAGUGUUUAAGAGGGUUUUUGAUUCUGUGGGCAUUCAUCAUCAGUCAAUUAAGCAAUAAUACAAAUAAAAGAUUUUGAGUUAAAUAGGGCGAGAAAAUAUGAUCUGUUCGGUUAUACACAGAGUUAAAAUAGUUCCAUUGCUGCUCUGUUUGUAGCUGCACUAUAAGCGCUGCAUUGUUGCUAGGUUAGCGUGGUAGCCUCUAUUUUUGGCCUUUUCAGUCACAAUUGUCUGUGCCAGGAUGAAAAGAGUCACAGUCUUUAGUUUGCUGUGCUGAGAGGAGUUGAACAGUCUUAUGGCCUGAAGGACAAAAGACUUUCGGAGUCUGUCUGUGGAGAAUGACUGGGACAACAGUCUGACUGAGCUCCUCUGCCUGGUGAUGAUGCUGUGCGGAUGGUGAACAUUAUCCAUAAUGUUUAGCAGCUUGCUGAGGGCUCUCCUCUCUGCCAGUGGUGUUAAGGACUCCAGCACAGAACCUGUACAUCUGUUCCCUUAGGGAAUUUUAACAUGUAUUUAUGCGAUAAUACACAGCUUUAUCUUGUAAAGAAGGAUUUCAGUAGGUUAGGAUGCCUCACUGAAUGUACAGUAUUCAAGAAAUUAAAGUUUGGAUAAGCUGCAAUUAAAUGAGGAAAAAACUUAUCUUGGCCUUGGGCCCCCAAAGUGUUGCCAGUGAUCUAUGGAAAAAACCUAGGUCGUUGGAUUUACAGACAAACCUAUAUGUUAUAAACCUUGGUGUAUGUUUUUAUUCUGAGCUAAAUUUUCCAAUACAUAUAACAAAGCUUGUACAGGUUUGUUAUUUCCAAUUGAGAAAUGUUGCCAAAAUCAGAAAAAUGCUUUCUUUCCAGGACACAGAGAAGAUUACUCAUGCUUUUGUAUCGUCACACCUUGAUUAUUGUAAUGCACUAUUUACUAUUAAGUCUUGGUCAAAGGGAAAUGGCUUGACUGCGAUUUGUCCGGAAUUCAGCUGCUAGGGGUCUGACUAGGACUAAACAAAUGGAGCAAUAUUAAUCCUGUGCUGGCAUCUCUACAUUGGCUUCUUGUUGCUUUUAGGAUUCAGUUUAAAACUUACUGUUUAUGCCUGACUGGUUGCCAAAUCUAUCCCCAAUCAAUCACUUAUAGGACCAGCUGGGAUGCCAGCUUUAGCAAACUAUGAAAGUGUGGGAUAUUAAGAGGUUUUAAGGUACUGUGAUCCAAGAAAUAAGCUGACUGUUUGGAGACACAAGAAAUUACAAUCAGAAAUUAUAGGAAAAGAAAAGUUUAUUGUGAAUUCUGAACCCUGGUUCCUCAACAGCUGUAAAGGAAAAAUUAAGAACAAAAAACACAAACCAGAAACAGUAGCAAUAAUUACAAUCUUUACCAAUGCAUCCAAUUGAUCUAUAUCCUGCAGUCACAUGCCUUUCAAUGAAAUUGGAGAUAGUUGAGAGGAUUGGGAAAAAACUAAAACAGAAUUUCAAAACUAAGGAUGAUUUACGAUGGAAAAGUCUCACAUAAAUAAUCAUACGAAAACUGUGGCAGGAAUCAAUGUACAAGUACUUCUGAGGGGAACAUCUCCGCAAUACUGAGGACUUAAAAGAAACUCAUUCUGGACUGAUGGAGACAGACUGUUUGCUUUCAGUUCCUAGUAAUUUCAACUAAUACAUGUAAGUUCAGAUGAACAUUUGGUCAACACUCAACAAGUAUUAGCAAAGUAACAUCCAAGUUAAUCAAACUACAGCUCGUCUGAAAUUGUCAUGACUUUAAGGCAAUUGGAAAAAAAAAAGAUGUGAAUUAAGCCAAUAGUAGGACUCAAUAGCAAUAAGAACCAACUGUGACUUGUAUUUUUCUAACUGCUCUUUCUCCCUGCAACAGUCUCUAUCUGCCAUAGUCACUAAAUGAGGUGUGGGGGGGAAAUGGGGGGGGGGGG